AUGCUAUCAUCUACCGACGAGGAUGAAGAACCGUUGACAACAACAACUACCACAGCGACACUAAAAUUAUCAGAUAUAUUUCAAUAUUUUUAUAAACAGAAAACAGUUUCAAAAUCAAUCAAUAGUUAUUCAAUAUCACAAACAACAUUAGAACAAGUGUUUGUUUUAUUAGUUAAAGAACAUGAAAAUGAACAACAAAUGAGAUCACCGAUCAUUAAUUUCGAUGGUGAUAGUGCUGUUAAGACUGGUGUUUCUGUGAGUGUAAUGCGCCGAACGACAACGGAGCAAAAUGGUGAUGGAUCGGCAAUAGGGAAUAUCGUCACUAGGUUAUAA